AUGAAGUCGCUGACGAGCUACGCACCGUCGCCUGCGGUCUCUCCCGUCAAUUGGGAUCAUCUCGCGGAUCUUUCUCUCGCGGAUCCGGAUCCUCUCAGCGCAGAUCCAAUUGAUCUGCUCUUAGGCGCCGAUCUUUAUGGUAAUCUGAUUCUCGAGGGCGUGCGAAAGGGCGAAAGCGGCCAACCUGUGGCGCAAAAUACCAAUUUUUGGGAAAUCGAGGAGCUGCCGCGACAGACAUUACUCAGCCCCGAGGAGCAGCGGUGCAAAGAGCAUUUUGUGUCGACGCACUCGCGCGAUUCGAACGGUCGGUACAUCGUGCGUCUCCCAUUCAAGCGAGGCCCUCCGAUCGAAAUCGGAAGCUCGCAUAGGACCGCCAAACGCUUGUUGCAAGGAUUGCAGCGACGCUUCAAUGAAAAUCCGCAAUUAAAAGCGGAAUACAGCGAUUUUCUUAGCGAGUAUGAGCGAAUGGGACAUAUGCGAACCAUAUCGUCUCCCGGGCCCGACUCAGCGCAAUGCGUUUACAUUCCGCAUCACCCGGUUAUUCGCGAGAGCAGCGUUACCACGCAUUUGCGCGUCGUGUUUAACGCCUCGAGCCGCACUGGAAAUGGAUCGACGCUAAAUGAUCAUUUGCUCGCGGGUCCGAAAUUACAGACCGACUUAGCAGCGGUAAUUCUACAAUGGAGACAGUUUCGCUACGUUUAUGCUGCCGAUAUCGCUAAAAUGUAUCGUCAAAUACGAGUGGAUCCUCGCGACGUCGACUACCAGCGAGUCUUGUGGUUCCGUGAUAACGACCAGAGCGUACAAGCGUAUCAGCUGCUCACGGUGACAUACGGUACGGCUUCGGCGCCCUUUUUAGCACUUCGCGUGCUUCGUCAGCUCGCUCAAGACGAAGGAGAUGCGUUUCCCUUGGCGGUCUCGGUGCUCCAAAAUCAUAUCUACGUCGACGAUGUCCUCUUCGGGGCGGACGACAUUCCAAUGCUUAGACAAAUCCGCGAACAGCUGUGCGCACUGUUAGCUCGGGGCCAGUUCGAAUUGCGGAAAUGGGUCAGUAACUCGUCAAAAUUAUUGAGCGACAUCGCCGUCGAAAAUCACGGGUUAGCUUGCUCUAAAAUUCUACAAACUAAUGAGCACAUAAAAAUUCUCGGUAUCAGCUGGAAUCCGGCGUCGGACGUCUUCGAAUUUCGCGUGUCAUUUCCUCUCUCGAUUCCAAACACAAAACGCGCGAUCUUAUCCACCAUCACGAAGCUGUUCGAUCCACUCGGUUGGAGCACGCCCGUGACAAUUUCAGCCAAAAUCCUUCUGAAAAAAUUGUGGCAGCUUAAAGUGGACUGGGACGAAACUAUUCCAUUAACAUUGGUAAGCCAGUGGGAGUCCAUAAAAACGUCGCUGGUCGACCUAAACGGGCAGCGACUCGCUCGCUGGAUACAGCGAGGAUCCGAUACAAUGGAAUGCGAGCUUCACGGCUUUUCUGACGCGCUACCACUUCUUACGCCGCCGCCGUUUAUCUUAGGCUCACAUCCAUCUCUGGGGAGAUAA